CCCGCCGCGUCGCUUGGGUCGGGCUGGCCGCGGGUGCUGCCGCCAUUUUGCUCGCGCUGAGCCGAGGCGGCUGCUUUCCCGACGUCCGCCGGUACCCGGAGUAGGAGAGACACGCGAGGCCCUCGCCGCGGGCGGAAACCCCUUGUCGCCGCCGCUUCCUCCGCCAUCAUGCCGUCGUCGCCGCUGCGAGUGGCCGUGGUGUGUUCGAGUAACCAGAACCGGAGCAUGGAGGCGCACAACAUCCUCAGCAAACGAGGAUUUAGUGUCAGAUCCUUUGGAACAGGAACUCAUGUGAAACUCCCAGGACCAGCACCAGACAAGCCGAAUGUUUAUGAUUUCAAAACAACAUAUGAUCAGAUGUACAAUGAUCUUCUUAGGAAAGACAAAGAACUCUAUACGCAAAAUGGUAUUUUGCACAUGUUGGACAGAAAUAAGAGAAUCAAGCCCCGGCCUGAAAGAUUCCAGAACUGUAAAGACUUGUUUGAUCUCAUCCUUACCUGUGAAGAGAGAGUCUAUGACCAGGUAGUAGAAGAUCUAAAUUCCAGAGAGCAAGAGACCUGCCAGCCAGUGCAUGUGAUUAAUGUGGACAUUCAGGACAACCACGAAGAAGCCACAUUAGGAGCCUUCCUCAUUUGUGAGCUCUGCCAGUGUAUUCAGCACACAGAAGACAUGGAGAACGAGAUAGAUGAGCUGUUACAGGAGUUUGAGGAGAAAAGCAGCAGGACUUUCCUCCACACAGUCUGCUUUUACUGAAGCCUCACUGGCUCCUCAGGCCUUAGAGAGUCUAAUGAAGCCUGUCAAGUUUUCUGACUUCCCUACUCUCCCUGAAGACCAUCUUCGAAUCUUCCUUUUGUUAAUACUUUUUUCCUUCAUGGUGUUUGUUUUGACUUUUAGGUAUUCUGCCGGGAGGAGGCAGUAUUACCCAAAUAAAUUGUACAUAUACAAUGAGAAGAGAGAGAUACAUAGAGGCCGUAUAAAAAAAUCAAGGUUUUUCCUUAUCCCACUUUUCCUUGUUAUAAGUGGGAUAUUAAUUAUAAUAAGGAUUUUUUCUUUUAAUGAAAAAAGGUUUAUAUUGUAUUCCCCCCACCCUUGGGCUUAUUCACUUCCUUGGUUGUGCAUUUUUCUUUCCUCUAAUUAGCUGGAGUUUUCAAAGACCUGAAUGAAACAAUGGAGUGUAUAUUACUAGGUAUGAACUUGGAAUUAUCCAAUAAAAAGUGCCAGCAGGCUACCCUCUGCCUUUCGAACAGAAGGGUUCAUUGCUCCCUUUUUCUGAACCUGGAUCCAGUCAUGUUGCACUAAGGAGAGGUUGUUGAUUGAAAGCCUGGAUUCAGAAGCAGUUCUGAAAAAGGGAACUUGACAGGGAGUGAAUAGGGGAACAGCAGCAGAGCCACCGUUCUGACUGGCCGGGGUUGGCCAACAGACAUCCCCAGGGACCGUGGCCCCCCUCUUCACUCAGAAACAUUGCCGAUGUUGCCAUUCGAUGGACAAAUUUGGUCUUGGUUCAGCACAGACUCCAAGCAAACCUUAUUGUGGUUGGUUUUGUUUUGUUUUGAGAUUUUAAAAAAUGACAAGUUCCUGGAAGGGUUUCUUGUUUUCUGACUUUAAGAGACUCUUCCAAGCAGAAGAGCCUCCUUAGGUUCUGAAGGCGGGAUGCCCGGUCCACCUGGUCCACCCGGUCCACCCAAGCAUCCUCAUCACCUUGGACAGCGCCUCCCAGCUCCAGUGGUGGAGGGGCAUAGAUGGCCGCCUGCAGCGUCUCCUCACCUUUUUUGUAUCUUACUUGUUUGCUGCUCAGAGCAUCAAGGAUGCUCCCCUCAUGCUGGAUGAACUGCCUGAAACUCCGCAGGUCAGGAAGAUAGCAUUGAUUCAGAAGCCCUGAUGCUCUACCCACUUGGGACUGCUCCAUUAUGGGGCCCGGACUCUUCCAAAGCCUACAGAGAGCCCUGGAAGGGGAUGGUGGAAAAAAGCCUUUGGCAUCUAUCCAUUCCCAAAGGUCAAGGAUGGGGCCUUCGAAUUGGUCUUCCUUAAGAACCCUUGCUGGUCUGUCCAACACAAGCUCAUCCAUUUUCCUGUCUCUAAUGUCAGCCUUUGUUACCUCUUGAGGUAAUAAAUUCCUGACUUAAUAAAUUAAAGAAA